AUGUCGGCUGCUGUUGGAAAAGACGGUCUGACCGUGACGGUGCUGGGCUGCGGCAAUCUGGCCACCGCCAUAGUCAACGGCGUCCUAUCGUCCCUUGCCGACCUGAAGGCCGGAAAGUCUGAAGGCACGACACUCCCCGAGCGUAUCCCGUCGCGCUUCAUCGCCUGUGUUCGCAGCGCUAAGUCAGCCGAGCGAGUCGAGACGACGCUCAAGGACCACUCCUCGUCGGUCGAGGUUGUGCGCAACGACAAUGUGAACGCUGCUAAGCGUGCCGACGUGGUCCUCCUGGCGUGCAAGCCGUACAUGGUGGGCGGGGUGCUCGGCGAGAAGGGCAUGGCCGAUGCGCUGCGGGGCACUAUCCUGGUCAGCGUGUGCGCAGGCGUGACGGUCGAGGAUUUGGAGGUUGCGCUGCACGGGUCCGUCCCGACGGUGACGCCCGAGGAGGAUGGGAGGUGCCGCAUCAUCCGUGCCAUGUGUAACACUGCUGCCAUGGUCCGCCAGUCCAUGACCAUCAUCGCCACCCCCUCCCCGCCCAUGUCCCCAUACGAGGACACCCUCCUCACCUGGAUCUUCAAACAGAUCGGCGACGUUGUCGAGCUCCCCCCCACCAAUAUGGAUGCCGUCACUUCCCUGGCCGGCUCCGGCCCCGCCUUCUUCGCCCUGGUCCUCGAGGGUGCCAUUGACGGCGGCGUCGCCAUGGGUCUCCCCCGCGCCGAGGCUAUCCGCCUGGCCACCCAGACCAUGAGGGGCGCCACCGCCCUCGUCCAGAGCGGCGAGCACCCGGCUAUCCUGCGCGAAAAGGUCUCUAGCCCUGGUGGAUGCACCAUUGGCGGAACACUCGUCCUUGAAGAGGGUGCCGUUCGUGGCACAAUGGCUAGGGCUGUUCGUGAGGCUACUGUCAUUGCUAGCCAGCUUGGCCAGGGCGUCAAGAACGUCAAUGGCACCAGGUUCUAA